GCAGAUUCCCUUCAAAUCACUUUUAGACUAGUCUCUUCAUUUGAAACUACGAGCUUUCAAUGUCUAUGAUCCUUCAGUACGGACAGUCGAAAUGAUUCUAGCUGGAUCACACACUGUCAUUCCCACAGCUAUUGCUACUCCCAGCAUACAAUCCUGGACAUUGAUUCUCAAUACAGCGAAUUGGAGACUUAAAUGAAAAGCCAUGAACUCGCCAGGCUAUUUGGUAAUUUUCUUCUGUUCCAGGUGUGUCGGCUUUGCCUGUGCUCAAGAACCUCAGGGUCUUAUUGGCAUAAGACGUUUCAUUCCUCCAAAUGUAUAUUCCUAAACAAAUGAUUCAUCCGACAGAAAGGAAAAUUCCUUGGUAUUGACUGUGGCACAACGCCACAGUUCUACUCAACUCCUCAACGACAAAGAAAUUCCAACGUGGUGGUACCUCCAUAGAAUAUUUCCUUGAUAAAGUUUCAUCUAUUUAUGUGUAUCUCGUACUUUCUCACGUUUCGAUUGCUGGCGGCUAGUUUCUAUGUGUGGCGUUCCACUUAAUGUUUAGUGAUGGAACUUUUAAGUUCGAGAAGGCUCCAUGUGAAGAUCUGAGCUCUGGGACCGGAUAUCUUGCUAAGGUGAAGAGCUCAUGGCACGAAGUCUUGCGCACUCUCCGGCUUGAGCAUUCCAAUUUUGCGUCUCUACCCUAGUCUGAUAUAGGCUGCGAGACUUAGGGUUCAUUCAGUGUCUUCGAUUCUUUAACCAUCAUGGCAACAACACUGAAUCCUAUCGUUUGAAGUAGAAACAGGUUCAGAUGACGUACAAGAUUGAUUUCAAUUGAAAAACUUAGUAUGGUAAGUAGUCACAGUUGAUUGGCUUUGUCAUAACCUCCCUAAAACUUCAAUGAUAUUCUAUAUAUAUUGCUUGAGCCCAGUUCUCAAAAUAGACAAAUAGCAAACGCAAUUGUCCACUCCGAUACUCGACUGAUCGAACAAAUCUUCCUACGCGUCUGAAGUUCCUCCGGUUCUCAAAAUUUAGGAAUCCCUAUAACCUCGAGAUCAUCUAUUUGUUUCCCAUACAGUCUACUGCCAGCUUCCGCUUGGUAUAUCGCCAAUCUCUUUACACGUACUGCGUACUGUCCUGUCUGUGAAAGAAACAAUAUGACAGGGCUUGAACAUUGCGAAACGGAUACUUGCAAUGCUCUCCUCUCCACUAAAGAGUACGUCGAGUACUACACUGUCACAAGCAAAGAGAAGGAUACAACAGAGAUGGCACCAAUUGAGCAUUACAUUGUAACUUCUAAAGGAGAAGAAGUCACAAGUGUUCCUGAGGGAAAGAUGAAAGAUAUGGUUAUUCGGAUUCAAUUGUCUGGCUUUAGAGCAUUGGUGGUGUUCAUGGAGAACUGUGGAAAGAAAACUUGUCGGAUGACCCCUAGUUGUGAACAUGGCGGGGUUAAGAUUUCUGUUGCACAGAAAAAUCCUAAAGAUGAACGCUACAUGGCCCCUGAGAUUGCCGUCUUUCCCAGAAUUCAAGAUGUCGAGGUUGCAAAAGUUUGAUAGGACGAGUGUAGCAUUUUUAGGGGGAAGGCGUGGUGGAAAAUCUGUAAUUCAGCACAGAAAUUCUAGUGGAGGCGCUUUGGUUUGUCAGAUGGAUAAUAUAAUGUUAAAUUGAGAACAAGUUGAAGUGGGGAUUUGAUGGAAUAAGUUGAGCUUUUUGAGGGGAAAUGUAAUGGGAAAUUUAUCAUGUAGUACAGAAAUCACCUUUUAGAUACGUCUUGGCUUGUUAAAUGGAUAAUAUAAUGGCAGAUUGGGUUUAUAGUCA